AUGACAGAUGAACCGUCAUUUGAAGAUAUCAUCAAUGAUAAAGUCGGGUCGAUAACGGACUAUAUCGAAGAAUAUCUCGAAUCUCACGAGGAGUUCGACCCGUUCAAUCUAACACCUACACUGACUGAUUUGUCAUUGUUUGACGAACAGUAUGGGUUCAAGGAAGUCACUGAAGGUGGUAAAAACCUGUACAUGGAACUGACUUUCUCGAAAGUUCUGGCCAAUUUCAUUAACCUGAGGGAUUCUGAGAAUAAUUAUAACUACAGACAAAUCUCACUGUUGUUGGAGCUGUCAUUUUACUUGAAGAAGAACGGUGAGGCGAGGUUUGACCUGCCAUAUAUCUUGGUUUGUCAUAUUAUAUCAGGCUUAACGGUGACUUGGCUGUUGGAGUUUUGGCCCUAUUUUGACUUGAGGUCGGCGGAGCUCGCUAUGUUGAAGGAUAAUGAAAGAUUGUCACCAACAAGAUCCUCCGGUGUUACAAUGAUGAUCAUGUUGAACUUGAAACUCCGUGAGUUAAACUGCAAUAACGAGCCGAAAAGGGAUCUCUUGAAGGAUCGUAUACUCCUGUUCACUGCACAGAUAUUUGAGCUUUUCAACCGGUCGACAAUCAAUAAGAGAUUUGAUCAGAAUUUGAACUUGAAGAGAGAGCAUCACCUGGAUAGAAAUGAGUCCGGUUCUUUCUUCUCCUUUUGGGACCUACAGGAAUUUUUCCAAGAUCCACUGCACUUCAUCCAAUCCUUUAGUCGACCAGAGAGCUGUCGAACACAAAUUGAAUCUGCAUUUGACACUGUUCGCCGUAUCGAAGAGAAGAUACGUAAUUCUCCAGGGUUUGCUCGCAAGAAUAAACCACGUGGGAAUUCGUUGGAAAUCUAUGAGGCAGUACAUUUCACUGAUGAACAAAAGGCUCGCUUGGUGGAGUACUCUCAACGAGGAUUCAACCCUCUCUUCCUGAUUGAUAAGGAGAAAUUCAACGAACAGCUGGAGAAUGAUACUUCAUUUAGAAAGAUCUUCCUCGUACAAUUGUACAUUUCAUUGGCCCAUGUCAAUCAUAUUCUGUUCGGCGAGGUUGAUCGUAUUGUAUCACGUCAAUUUGAGAGGUUCAAAAGCAAGUACACUCCAUCAUCCUUAGGCUUCUUUAAAGAUUUGUUGAAUAAUGUCAAAGCUCUGCUGAAACGCAUCUAUCCAGAACUGGCAAAAACUUUAUCACUUUUGGAAGAACAACAAUUGUCCCUCUUGAACCAAAAGGCUGUUAAUUUCAAAAGCUUUGAUGUUCUUUUCGAGGACUUUGCCCUGAGUGAUGACUUCUGGGAUACGUAUAAAAAGACGAUUGCCAUUAAACCAAGGUAUUGGGCGCAAUAUGGUACUGCUGAGAUAUCAAACCAUUGGAAGAUCAAAACUGGACUGGAACUACUCGUCACAGAUAAAUCUAAAGGAACAAGGAAAGACAUUGAACAAACUUUGGAGACUCUGAGAGAAAGGGCGAAGGACACAUUCGGACAAGAGCACGAUAUGUUACAAUGGAAGGCAGUGAGAUUGGCAAAGAGCAUUCACCUGUUCAAAUACGCACAUACCAACGCCUCUACAGGGGUAGAAGGUCUUUUCGAUCCAAGCCUGAAGAACUCAUUUGACCAAGAAGUGUCGAACAAGGAUGAAGAGAAGGAAAACAUGUACGUCAACUUGGAAGAAGCUGAGUCUAAGAGACAAAGGCAACUGGAUGACGUCAAGAAACAGCUGGAACUAAGGAAAUCCGAAGAAGAGGCCAAGCGCAAGGAGCUCGAGGCCUUGAGACACACAGAGUCACAGCAAAAGCCCUCCUCCACAGCAGCUGAGGUCGCUGGCUCUGAUAGAGAGGGAUCCGAGGAACACGGUGAUGACAAUAUUGAGAAGAAGCGGAAGGCGAGCAGCGAGGAGCUCACGGGCUCACCAGAUAACAAGAGACAGCGUGUACAGCACGACUCGUCCCGCACCGACACAGCAGUAUCGAACCCGAGUAUACUAGAUGACUUGCCCUAUUAG